AUGCCGCUGCUCACCUCUCAACCCCUUCUCCUCUUACGACCCACCUGCUCCUUCCCCGGGCCAUUUCUCCCCCCCCCCCCUUCCCCUCUCCAGUCCACCACGGCCGGACCCCGGAAGCUGGAACCUGGAUCACAAUGUCACCAAUGGGGGACUCACACUAUGCGCAGGAAGACCUGGUCCUCAUCUCCUUCAAUGUCCACGGCCUCAACAUACGGGAGAAACGCACCGCCUCCUGUGGGAUCUCAGAAGAUUCAAGGUGGCGAUAACCUUUCUUCAGGAGACACACGUCCAAGACGGCAGGGCCACCUCCUUGAAGGACUCCUGGAUGUGGACACCACCACUACACAGCAGCAGGCACAACUGAAUAGACACUACCAAUUGAUGGACUGCUGGAGGGCCCUCAACCUGACGAUCCGGGACUAUACCUUCUAUUCCACAACUCAUGACUCAUAUUCAAGACUGAAUUACUUCCUGAUGCCGCACUCCUCCCGUACCCUAUUGAAGGGUUCAGACAUACUCCCAAUGAUGUGGUCGGACCACAACCCACUCCGUCUGAGACUGCGAGCGCCAUAUUUAGACCACGACAAUGGUCAUGGAGGCUGA